AGAAGAAUGGCGUUAACGCCUCCCUCUCCACCACUCCGGACGCUGUAAAUCCGAAACGUCCUUGCGUCGUGGUGGUUACCGUCACAGUUGGGCGACAUGGCUGCGCAGAGUUUCUCUCCGUCUCUGACCAGGCUGCUGUUCACUGUAAAGUAUGCCUCACUCCAGUCCAGAUGUUGUGCAGUGCACAGCAAGGCUCAAUAUUCCACAGUCUACAAUCCCAGUGAAAAGACCUUUGAUAAGAUUCUCAUCGCUAACAGAGGAGAGAUUGCUUGCAGAGUGAUCAAGACGUGUAAGAAGAUGGGCAUCCAGACUGUAGCUGUUCACAGUGAUGUAGACUCCAGUGCUGUCCAUACAAAGAUGGCUGAUGAGGCAGUAUGUGUUGGCCCCGCCCCCACCAGUAAAAGCUACCUGAACAUGGAUGCCAUCAUGGAUGCCAUCAGAGCGACUGGAGCACAAGCUGUUCAUCCUGGCUAUGGGUUUCUCUCUGAAAACAAAGAGUUUGCAAAACGACUGGCAGCAGAGGGCGUGACAUUCAUUGGCCCAGACACCCAUGCUAUCCAGGCAAUGGGAGAUAAAAUUGAGAGCAAGCUGAUUGCUAAGGCUGCUAAGGUCAACACUAUUCCAGGAUUUGAUGGAGUUGUCAAGACUGCUGAGGAAGCUGUGAAGAUCGCAAAGGACAUUGGCUACCCAGUGAUGAUCAAAGCAUCUGCAGGAGGAGGAGGGAAAGGAAUGAGGAUUUCUUGGAAUGAUGAAGAGACAAGGGAAGGUUUCCGGUUUUCAUCCCAGGAGGCAGAAUCGAGCUUUGGAGACGACAGGCUGCUUAUUGAGAAGUACAUAGACAACCCCAGACACAUAGAGAUACAGGUGCUGGCUGAUAAACAUGGUAAUGCUCUGUGGCUGAAUGAGAGGGAGUGCUCCAUCCAGAGGCGGAACCAGAAGGUGGUGGAAGAGGCUCCAAGCACUUUCCUGGACCCAGUGACCCGGCGGGCAAUGGGUGAGCAGGCAGUGCAGCUGGCCAAGGCUGUGCAGUACUCCUCUGCUGGCACCGUGGAGUUCCUGGUUGAUUCUAAGAAGAACUUCUACUUCCUGGAGAUGAACACACGACUACAGGUGGAACAUCCAAUUACGGAGUGCAUUACUGGCCUGGACCUGGUGGAGCAGAUGAUAAGGGUUGCCAGUGGUUACCAACUGCAGCACAAACAGCAAGAUAUCCCAAUAAAUGGCUGGGCCAUUGAGAGUCGCGUCUAUGCUGAGGAUCCUUACAAGUCUUUUGGUCUUCCCUCUAUUGGACGGUUGUCUGAAUAUCAAGAGCCGCUCAACCUCAGUAAUGUCCGUGUAGAUAGUGGCAUCCAGGAGGGCAGUGACAUCAGCAUCUACUAUGAUCCCAUGAUCUCUAAGUUGGUUACCUAUGGAUCUACGCGAGCUGAAGCCCUUGCCAGGAUGGAGGAUGCUCUGGAUAACUAUGUUAUCAGAGGUGUGACCCACAACAUUCCCCUCCUGAGGGAAAUCAUCACCCACCCUCGCUUUAUCUCUGGUGAUAUCAGCACCAGCUUCCUGCCGGAGGUUUAUCCAGAUGGCUUCAAGGGUCACCAGCUGGAGGUGGACAGACGCAGGGAGCUGCUGGCCUCAGCAGCAGCGCUUUACAUCACUGCCCAGCUCCGUUCACAGAUGGUUCUGGGCAACCUGAGGGUGCCUUCCACCCCUGUGGAAUGUAGCCACUGGGAGCUGUGUGUGAAGCUGGGGGAGGGACACCAUUCUGCGGAGGUUACCAAAUCAGGAAAUGUUUAUACUGUACACGUGGAUGGAGGAAAGGUGGAAGUCAGUGGACAGUGGAACCUGGCCUCCCCACUGCUGCCACUCAUCAUCAAUGGCCAACACAGGAUGCUACAGUGUCUGUCCAGAGAUGCUUCAGGAAAGAUUGUCCUGCAGUACUUGGGCACAUCGUUUCAGGUUCAUGUUCUGUCGAAGUUAGCUACAGAGUUGAACACCUACAUGCCAGAGAAAGUUCCAGAAGACACCAGCAGCAUCCUGCGUUCACCGAUGCCAGGCACAAUGGUGACUGUGUCUGUCAAGCCUGGAGAUACGGUUGCAGAAGGUCAGGAGAUCUGUGUGAUUGAAGCCAUGAAGAUGCAGAACAGUUUGACUGCUUCCAAGCAAGCAAAGGUUAAGAGUGUCCACUGUAAGCCAGGGGAAACAGUGGGAGAGGGAGACCUGCUGGUAGAGCUCGAAUAAAACAGAACCUUUUGAGCUUUUCGAAGUGUAACAUCAGCACUGGGAUGAGCCUCACUCCCCUCUCAGCCCUUCCAGAGGAACAUUCACAUUGGCAAACAGACUGAACAAUAACAGAUGCUUGAUUUAUUUUGCCAGUGGUCAGUCUCCACAGUGGUUCCUAACAGAGUUUAGUGUCCCUGAUGGUGACUCAAAGCUAAGCUGUAUCAGCUGUGCUAAACUGUCUUCUCCACAUGUUAGACACCUUCAUGUGCUCUUCUUGUGAACCCUUCCUUACUGCAACUGUUUUGUGUGUUUUCUAGACCUGAUUGUUAGUUUUUGUUAAAGGAUCGUUUCAACCUAAUUACAAAACUAUUAUUUUCUCAUUUUACUCCCAUGUUGCCUGGCCUUGCAGAUAGUUUCUGUUUACGUGCCAAGGUUUUGAGAUACCUGAAUAGGUAAAGGGUGCUGCCACUCCAUUACAAUGGAAGGGCAUAGACUUUUGGUUUAUAAGCUGCAGCUGAGUUUUUCAAAUGUAUUUUUUUAGAAUUUAGAUUUUGGAAUUUUUCAGAGAUUCGAGAACAAAAAAUAAAAAACGUACUCAUCUCUAUUUUACUGGAACUGGAGCAGAGACAGAUAUCUCAAAACAUCAUUGGAGACAACCAAGACAUUACAGUAUGUGUAGCUCGAUACCACUCAAGGUAAGAAGGAAAAAUGUCUGUUGUAAUUUGGUUUAACUGACACUAAAGGCACUACAUAAAACUAAUAAAGGGCACUUUUCCACAUA